AGGCCCAUGUGGGGCUCUUGGUCUAUGCCUGGGCUCUGUUUAUCCGUAGUCAGCCCCUCAACCUCCUUCGGACCUUCCUUGGGAUCUUCUCAUUAGCUGAGUAUACAGUUGGCAUUUUGGUUGGAUUUCAUUACCAGGAACGCACUCCAGGGCCCUUUGUAUGUGAAGUCUCAUCACCUGCUGGUUCAAAAGAGGAGCCGAACUGGCGGGUGAAGGUGAAACCCGGGCACCGUGGACCUCCUGGCCUCCUCGGGAAUGAAGGGCAUCGCUGUCCUCCUUGUCUUCAUCUUCUGCUGGACAACCUCCACCCUCAGCAGCUUCUGGCAGUUCCAGAGGAUGGUCAAACACAUCACAGGGCGCAGCGCCUUCUUCUCCUAUCACGGAUACGGCUGCUACUGUGGGCUUGGGGGCCGAGGGACCCCUGUGGACGCCACGGACAGGUGCUGCUGGGCUCAUGACUGCUGCUACCACAAGCUUAAGGAAUAUGGCUGCCAGCCCAUCUUGAAUGCCUACCAGUUCACCAUUGUCAAUGGGACUGUGACCUGUGGAUGCACCGUGGGUGGCAGCUGCUUCUGCGGGCAGAAGGCCUGUGAGUGUGACAAGCAGUCUGUGUCCUGCUUCAAGGAGAACCUGGUCACCUACGAGAAAGCCUUCAAGCAGCUCUUCCCCACCAGGCCCCAGUGUGGCAGGGACAAACUCCAGUGCUAGGAAGACCAACAGCGUCCUUCUGUCCCUGUCACAUGCUCUAGUCCCAGGCCCUUCUGAAAAGCUUUGCUCUCUGGGGAGUGUCUUCUCAGUCAUUAGGGGACUGGAGGUGGAGAAUUCCUGCCCUGGAAACAGACCGUGGGUAUCUGGCAGUUAAGUGACACAUUUGGGCAGUAGGAAGCAAGGACUCAAGGGAGCAGGGGUGGGGGGCAUCCCGCAAUCCCAGCAUUUGAGAGGUGGAGGCAGGAGAGGCAGGAGAGGCAGGAGAGGCAGGAGGCCAGGGGCAGCCUCCACUAUACGGUAAGUUCAAGGCUAACCUGAGCUACCUGAGAACCCUGCCUUGAAAAAUUUUUUAAAAAAUGUUUAAAGGGGAAUAAAAAAACCAGAGAGACACGGGGAUUGGGCUGAAAGGUGCUCUCAAAUCCCUUUCUGUGGAAGAGCAUAGAGCCCCAGGAACCAGCCUGAAGUCCCCUAUUCCCUCAGUCCUGGUGAGCAUGAGUGUCUGACUGGAGAACCAAGUUGUCCACCCAGGUGUGGCUGGGAACUAAACAGGUAUCCUAGGAAAUACAGCCCCAGGAGCCUCAGGUCUAGUCCCUGUUUGCUCCGGGUCUAACCUCUGUAAACCCUCCAGCAGGAAGCAGGCUGUCCCCCUGUCUCAGGAGGUAGGGUACUGUCAGAACAAUGGUGUGCACCAGUGCCACAAAGAUGUCACGGUUAAGAUGGCAUCAAGAAAUGGAAAGAGGAUGUUCAGGACAGUGGGUCCAAGGCACCCCAAAUCCUCACCCCAAUUUAGAAGUCUUUGGUCCUUUGAGACUUAAAUCUAGUAAACAAGGAAGGUCUAAUUGGGCUGGCGUCUGAAGUUGAUGGUACCGGGCUGGAG